ACCGCAAUCGUAAAUGAAAUUUGUAUUUGGAUUUAUUUAUUUGAAGCCGCAACAUGGAAAUAGGCGAAGAACUGCGAACAUGGCUGCAGGACAAGAGCAAAGCGUACACGGCACGCCUGGAAUUCUCAAUUAAAGUCUGGCAAUCGCUCGACUUCGUUUACAUCAACAAGCACGAAGUCAUUUGCCAAUGGCUCGCCGAGACGCUGGAGGAACAGCAGGAGCAGACGGAGUCUGAGCUGCCCGUGGCACAGCUGCAGCAGCUGUUCAGCCUGCGCGCCCAGCCAGGCCUGGUAAGCGUGGCCACAAAAUCGUCGCUAAUUCAGGCGCUGCUCAAACGCAUACGGAAAGCUGCACCCGCCGUUGCACAGACGCAUCCCGAACUGCUGCAGCGCCUGAUUAACUUUGAGCUGGUGCAGGAUGCACUGCGCGCCGACUACGAGCUGCUCAUGUCCUGCUACGGCACGCUCUUCACCUGCUACGAGCGACAGCUGCUACGUUCCGAUGCUCCUGAUCAGCAGCAGCGGCAUGCGGACUUUGUGCUGCCCCUGCUGCAGCAGCUGCGCGACUAUGUGCAGCGCGCCCAGAAUCACGAGCGCCUGCUCCAGGCCUACACGACCUCGGCGCUGCAGCCGCUCUGCCAGCUGUUGCUGCAGCUGCGCGAGCACGGACUCUGCUGCUUCGAGCAGCUGGCGGCAUUGGAAGCACAGCUCACCGAGCAGCUAAAGACGUCCGGCGCCACCAAGCGCAUGUCCGAGCAGCCACUGCAUGUGCAUCUGCUGCUGUUGGAGUGCGCGCUGCUCAACCAUCGCUACGAUCCGUCCAAGCAGCACAAGCUGAUGCAAUACGCGCUCGAAUGGAAGCAGGCGCAGAUCGAGCAGGAGCAGCAAACUGAGCCGGAGACGCAUCCCUUGGCGCUGCUGCUGACCACCCACGCGCUGGAAUCGCUGCGCAAGCACAACAUACAGCUACAGUUUCCCGAGCAGCUGAAGCAAACGGCACUCAGCUUUGUCGGCGACCAAUUGUUCCUAUUGCUGCGCCAGCAUCGGGCGGAGCAUUUGCGCGAGGUGCUGCAGCUGCUGUGCGCGGCGCUGCGUCUCAAUCCGCUGCUAAUCCAGCCGCAUGUCUAUCAGUUCACGGUCUGGAUGAUGUGCGCGCCGAAGCGCAACGCGCUCGAGCUGCGCCUCUACUCCGAGUAUCUUGUACUCCUGCUGGACAUGUGCCGGCGUCUCAGCCACACCGAGCGCUUUGUGAUGCAGCUGCUCAAGUCGCUGCGCGAGUGGCUGCACAAAUUCGAGCUGCCUGCGCUGCCCGCCGGCGGAGAGUCCAAGCGCAGUCGCCAGAGUCUGGAAGCGGCGCAGCAGCAGCUGGACAACUGCAGCUAUGUCCAGCUACUACUCAAAUACGCCACGAAUAGCUCCUGCGCCAGCUCCAACUGCAGCGCCAGCUCGAGCCAUAGCUCGGAGCGUCUGGCACAGACCUGGCCCAGUCACUCGGCGGGCGCCGCCUUCAUCCGGCUUGUCAGCCAGCUGAUGUUCAAGCCCUCGCUGGCCAUUUGGAAGAUGCUGCUCUUUAGCUUUGCCGAGCUGCUCGAGCCCGAGUCGAACGCCGUUCUCGCACCGAAUCUGAGCUUUGCCAUCGAGCUGCAGGCCACGCUGCUCUCGCAGUAUCUGCUGGGCACGCGCAUGGCGGAGCAGGUGCAGCAUCAUCAGCCGGAGCUGGAACAGCAGCGCCAGCAUACGAUCCAGGUGCUCCAGCAAUUCGGACGCUAUCUGCUCGCACGUGAGCACAAUCGACGCACCAUGAACGUCUUCCUCGAGUGCGUGGAGCGCGCCAACAGCUUUGAGCUGCUGCUCGCCUACUACUGGCCGGACGGAUUGGCGCGGCCGCAGCCUGUGGAGCAGCUGCCGCAGCUGCAUCGCUUUCUAUCCGCCGACGAGUGGGAGCUGAUCCAGCAGCGUGUCCACAAUUUUGGCAAGUCCCUUUGCCGGCAGCGACUGCAGCGCCUGGAGCUGCAGCUGGCCGAGAGUGGCUGGCUGCUGUUGCCCAAUCAGCGGGCGGAGCCCUGCCCGGAUGCACUUGUCCAGCUGCUGCCGUGGCAGCUCUCCAUGCAUCUGACGCGCGACCAGAAACAGCUGCGUCUCCAGCAGCAGCAGCAGCUGGCCGCCCAUCUGCCCGAGAAUGCGGAGUGCGUGGAGCUGUUGGCGCUGCAGCUGCUCGAGGAGUACGCCGCCAGCCUGAAGCUGGCCAAGAUCAAGGGCGCACUGCUGCCCAAACAGCUGCCCCAGGCCGAGCACGAGUCGGCCCUGGCCCAGACGCUGAGGCAGCACUGCGCCAGCAGCAAGCGGCCAGCCCUGCCGGAGGAGUCCACGCGACACCUGGUCGAGGCACUGCAGCAGCUGCCGCUCGCCCAGCUCCAGAGCGGCAUCAAGCUGCGACUCUUUUUGCUCAUCUUCACACUUUACCAGGAUGUGCGGCGCGAUCAGCUGACGCAGUUGGCCAACCAGCUGCUCGAGCAACUUAUUGAUCUGCUGCACUUUGGCCAGCCUUUGCCGCUGUGCAGCCACCUGCCGCAGCUGGAGGAGCUGCUGCAGCUGGUGCCCCUGGAGGGCAGCGAUGACUCCACCGCCUGGCGCUUCUAUGAGACGCUUUUCGGGCGCUGCAUACGCCGUCUGGCGCCGGGCAGCGAUGCCUUUCUGGUCAGCUGUGCUGCGCUCUUCCGCGAGCAGUCGCAGCUGUCGCCGGCGCAUUGCCGGCUGCUGCUGCUGGCCAUCGAGACGCUGGCGAGCGCGACGGGCGUGCUGAACCGACGGAUGCAACGGCAUCUGCAGCCGCUGCUCGAGAUCUAUGGCAAGUUUGUGGCGCACAAGUUCCGCUCGCACAAGAAGCCGCCGGCUGUCUACAAGGACUUUGUGCAGCAGACCCUCAGCGGCUAUGCCAUCUAUCUGAGCAGCUGCAUCAAUCGCGCUGCCAAGCAGCAGCGGGACGAGGAGGCGCCGGAGAAAACACAAACGAGCGGCGAGUCUUCCGUACAGCCCAUCGAUGAGAACUUUCGGCGCAUCUGCAAGAUUUACAUUGGACACUCGCUCAAUUAUCGCAAUGCGCAUGCGAUACGCCUACUAAAUGUGGCUCUAACGCAUCGCCAGCUGCUGCAUCUGGACCAGGACGAGAUUGAGUUUGUGCUGGACAGCUAUUGGCGGCAGCUGAACGCGGACAUUGCGUCCGAAUCGGCGCUGGACAUGGGCAGCAUUGAGCCUGCCGUCAAGCUAAUAAUUGGUUACAAGACCAACGAGGAUUUUCUGCUGCUGCUGCGACGCCUCAGCCAACAGCUGGACGGCAUGCGUCGGCCGGAGACAAAUGCCGAGCACACCAGCCUCCAGAACGUGCUCGUGCUGGUCACGCUGAUCGCCAAAUGCUCGCUGAGCAGCAUCAAGGGAGCGAUGCUCAACGAGCACUUCGAGCUGAUCAGCGGCAAUGUGUCGCUGCGUCUGCCGCCGGCAAGCGAUGCCGCCUACUGCGGCCAUGUGCUGCGCCUGCUGGAGGCACAGCGCGCUCUGGCUGGCAACCGAACCGUGCCGCUGACCGGCGAGACGCUCGACUCGCUGCUGGCCAGCAUGCUGGACGUGAAUAUCAAACGCUUCAUUGUGGCCGGCGGCAGCUGGUCGGACUUUCGGCAGCUGCAUUCGGCGCUCGCCGAGAAUUGUCUGCUGCUGUUGCGUCAGCAGGCGGCGCUCAUGUCGGAUCGUGCGCCACAGCUGGCGGCGCUCUGCCAGGACCUGGUGCAGUCGAUUGUCUGCUAUCGCAGCGAACGCAAGCAGGCCCAGAGUCUGACCGAUGAGGAGCUGGAUGGUUUGUCGGAGCUGGCGCUCAAAUUGGUCACGCUCAUGGCUGGCAUUGCUGCCGGGCCGCAGGCGCUGGCCAUGAAGCGUGUGGCGCCCUUUUUGCUCAUCUUUACCAUCAAGCAAAUGAUUGCCACCGAGCGGCCCACCACGCUCUUCGAGAAGGUCAAGCUGCAUUUGGAUCGCUUCUGUCAUGAGCUGAUCGGGAUUUGUGAUCAUCGCGCCGGACACUUUAUAUUGCGCGCCAGCAGCGAGGCGGGCGCCCGCAUGUACCAGAGCCUGGUCAAGGAGCACGACAAGUAUCACAAGUUCCGUGGCAAGGUCUAGGCAGCAGCAACUCCCUUUCUUUUCUACUCUAAAGUUGGUUUAAUUAAUAAAUGUGAUUUACAUCAAAUAAUUGCAACUUAACAGUGCGACCCAUUUGUU